GGCGCCAAAAUCCAAAAGUGUUUUGUUUUGUUUUUUUCCGCUGGAGGACAGAAGAAGCUCUAACGGCUUCUCCGGCUCGGAAUCCGUCUCAAGUAUUUAAAUGCAGUUCUCUGUUAGGUUUCAGCUCUAAGAUGGACCCGACGUCUCAGUUCUUCUCCAGACUCCGGAAGCUAGCGGUGACUCUGGAGUCCGAAACCGUCAGACUCCAAGGAGCCUUUGAAAACCGCCGACGGGACCCUGACAGCGAAACCACAGCGAAGGCGAUGCGAACAUAUCAUGAACUGAACUUCAACAUCGGGAGCCUGAAGGGGCAGAUCCAGGAGGAACUGCUUCAGCAGAGAACUCGUGAGAAUGAGGUGAACAGCUUCCUUGAGGCCUGUAGAGUGAUGGAGCAGAGAGUCAGCCAAGACAUCCAGACCCUGAAGGCUCACUGGGAAAACUAUGGCUACCAAGCUCCCAGUGACUCCCAGAGACCAACCACAGCAGCUCAGGAGGCAGACGCUGAAGAUCCUGCAGAGGACGAGACCAACUCGGCAGAGAGGGAAGAAGGAAGCCAGGAGGAGGAUGGAGCGACUCUCUGCUCACCGCCUCCAUCAGCACCAACCUUCAGCGGCGUGCUGAGAACCCCUCAGCUGUCCGACUUCGGUCUGUCUGAGGUGCAGAUCAAGAGAGCUCUGGCUGGAGCUGAGUGGUGUUCUGAAGUCCCUCCGAUGCCUGAGAUGAGCCUCCCUCACCCGGCGCUCACCACGCCAGCUCCGCCUCUCCUGCCUUUAACUCCUAAAUGUGCUCUGCGGAUGGAUGACGACGAGCUUCAGACCCCCCAGAUGCACGACUUUGGUGUCUCAGAACACAGCAUGUGUCUGAACAACACCUUCACCAUGAAUCUGCUCCAGAAGAACGUUGAAAAGCCCCAAAGAGCAGCGCAGGACAAACCUGAACCACCAGCAGACCCUGUGUUGGAGAGUUUCCAGACCAAAGCUGGAACCUUGGAGUCUCCAGAGCUGCCUGUUCUAUGCACUCCAGGGUUCAAGCUGAAAAAGACGAGCGCUCGGUGCGCCUCUCCUGCUCUGGGUUCCAGUGAGCCUGGAUCCCCCGGUGGACCGAACCUGCCUGGCACCCCCGAGGUCCCAGCGUUCCAAACCCCAUACGUCGCCCGACUGGUCAGCACCAGAAAGAGUUUACGGCAGCCAGAGCCGACCGGCGCGCAGAGUGAAGAACUCCCAACAUCUCCUCCUGAAGGAGCUCCAGGCUCCAAACGCUGCUGGGAAUACGACGUGCCCGACGUUUCUCUGAUGGGUUUGGGAGGCGAGCAGAUGCCAGAGAUGCCAAACCUGGAGUCUGUUCUGGGAAACUCUUUACAAAGGAGAAAUCCAAAAGUCCUGAAGAUGAGUGACCAUGACAAGGUGGCGAGUGACGGUCUGGAGCUGGACGGAACCACUCAGGAGUUCAGUCUGGGGACGCCUCGGAUCAGAACCGACUACCAGGAGCCGAGCACGCCGGAGAUGCCCGACCUGAGCUCAGUCACUCAGGACAUCUGCAAGCUUGUGUCUCAGGCUCAGCUGAAGAAAACAAUCAGAACGAAGGACCCACAACUCAGACCAGAAAAAGACAAACACAAGGCUAUGGGUCUGUCUGCGGUGUCAGACGGCGAGUUCCAGAGUUUACCCAACUACCUGAGGCAGGUGACGCUACACAACCUGAACCGGGCCGUCCACAACAUCAACACGUUCACAGAGCAGCGUCCAGGAGAAACCACAGAGUUUCAGAUGGAGAAACUGAAGAGGAUCAUCAGUGUUGGAACUCUGGCGCCGGUUUACAUCCUCUGUCUUACCGAGCUGAAGAGGCUGAAGCAUGUUGGAGGAGUGAAAGAAAAUUCAGUGUACAAACUGAUCACACACAACUAAACUUUGAUCAGCAGCUCAAAUCUGAUCUCAUCUGGACUUUGGAAAACCUCCGUCUUCAUCCAUCUGUCAGGUGCUGAGAUGCUGUUCUGGAUGUUGUUUAGCUCAAGCUGCAAAAAAACUCCAAAGUCAAAACUAACAAGUUUAACAGAGAGGCAGGUUUGGAAAUUUCUUAUAUUUUGUAUGUAGACUGUUUAUAUUUCUGGUGUCUGUUGGAUGGAUAUAAACUGUAAAUAAAACUGAUACAGAAAGAG